GCAUCUGUCUCUUUGACACACACAUUCUCUAACUCUCUCUCUCUCUCUCUCUCUAAAACUCUCGCUUGGAGUGUAAUUCAAGACAUGGAAUUAUUCAAUUCAAGGAUUGUUUUCUUCUUGAGCACUCUGUUUUCUGAUACUAUAUUCAAGUGGCUUUUUGACAAUUUGGUUUCAGUUUAGGGCUUUUGGAGAAAAUUUUAAGCUCCGAGUUCAUUUCUUGUUUAUGGAUGAUACGAAGUUACUGAGAAUGGGUCGCUGAUAUAUCUGUAAAAGGUUCUGUUUAUUCACUGUUAGAUAAUGGACAUCCUUUCUUCCAAGUAGAAUCCAUCUGGAUUUCUGCCAUCGAGUAGCCUGAUCUGAUCGCGUGACUGCAGUCUGUUGUUGUCAAACAGAUUAUCUAGCUGUUUAUGAAAAAAAACAUCGAAGCCUUGCUGUGGUGCAGCCACAAAUACCAAGUUUUUUUCUUCAAUAACACAUCACAUUCUGACAUUGAUUUGCUGUGAAAUCUAUUAAAAAAAAGGAGUGCCGGGAUACCCUGCUAAUAUACAGGGACCAAGCAGACUCACUUCUUCGGUGCAAGCUUCACUGCAACACAGAAGAUUAAUGAUGUCCAAUGCAUUUUACUACCAGCCGAUUCAAGAAGUUGAGUCGUGUAGUUUGCCUCAAUUUCAGACUUUAGACCACCAGUUAUGCCAUAAUAACAACAUUCAUGGGAGCCAAUUCUCCAUUCAGACUUCCCGCAAACUGUACUGCACCCUGGAGUCAUCCUCAUCCACCGGCAAUUAUACCAUCUGCAGCUCACCAUCGACCGUCAGUUUAUCACCCAAUGGAAGCCUCAUGUCCCAGAAAGAAUCUCAUUCAUUCCUUCCUGACUCUCAGCACUCAGAAAGUACUUAUGGCUCUCCUGUAAGUUGUUCCUGCAUAACUGAUGAUGUCAAUAGCCUUAGGCACAAGCUGCAAGAAUUGGAAAAUAUAAUGCUGGGGCCUGAUUCUGAUAUACUUGACGAUUACGAUAAUACCUUACAAGGGGGAAUGGCCUCAGAAGAGAUAGACAGUUGGAGACAAAUUAUGCAGGUGAUUCCCAGGGGGGACUUGAAGCAAAUUUUGAUUGCCUGCGCCAAAGCAGUAUCGAAUAAUGACUUGUACACCACACAGUGGUUGAUGGCUGAAUUACGUCAAAUGGUGUCAGUUUCUGGUGAACCGAUCCAGCGUCUGGGAGCAUACAUGCUGGAAGGGCUUGUUGCCAGACUGGCCUCUUCUGGAAGUUCCAUCUACAAAUCUUUGAGAGGCAAAGAGCCGGCAAGUGCCGAGCUUCGUUCUUACAUGUACAGUCUUUAUGAGGUUUGCCCUUACUUAAAGUUUGGGUAUAUGUCUGCGAAUGGUGCCAUUGCAGAAGCAAUGAAGGAUGAAAAAAGAGUUCAUAUUAUUGACUUCCGAAUUUCUCAGGGGUGUCAGUGGGUCAGUCUGAUCCAGGCUUUUGCAGCUCGGCCUGGUGGGCCACCCCACAUUCGUAUAACGGGUAUUGAUGAUUCCACUUCUGCUUAUGCUCGUGGAGGAGGACUAAAUAUUGUCGGUGAGAGGCUAUCUAGGCUUGCCAAGUCAUUUAAAGUGCCAUUUGAGUUCCAUGCUGCAGUCAUAUCAGAUAGUGAAGUUCGGCUUGGAAAUCUAGGUAUUCGAUCCGGUGAGGCACUAGCUGUGAAUUUUGCAUUCGUGUUGCAUCACAUGCCAGAUGAAAGUGUUGGCACUCAAAAUCGUCGAGACCAAUUGUUGAGGCUAGUUAAAAGCUUGUCUCCCAAGGUGGUGACCCUAGUUGAGCAAGAAUUUAACACGAACACUGCUGCAUUCUUCCCCCGAUUUAUAGAGGCACUUAACUAUUAUACAGCCAUGUUCGAAUCAAUUGAUGUGACUCUUCAAAGGGAACACAAGGAGCGGAUAAAUGUCGAGCAGCACUGCCUAGCAAGGGAUGUUGUGAGUGUAAUAGCAUGUGAGGGGACUGAGAGGGUUGAACGGCAUGAGCUUUUUGGAAAGUGGAAAUCACGGUUCAGAAUGGCUGGAUUUACUCCAUACCCGUUGAGCUCUUUGGUGAAUGCUACCAUCAAAAUGCUCCUGGAAAAGUACUCAAAGAAAUAUCGGCUUGCGGAGAGAGAUGAAGCUCUAUAUCUUGGUUGGAUGGACAGAGAUUUGGUUGCUUCCAGUGCAUGGAAGUGAAAACUGGCCAUUGAUUGGCUUUUUUGUUAGGAUGCAGAACAGUAAGCUGCCGUAUAAAACUUCAAAAUUUCUGAAUCUUUUACCUGUGUUUUACAAAUAAUUUACAUGGAUGGUUACUCUGCCGCGUAGUUCUUAUGAAUCUAAAGAAUAAUGCUAUCAAGAGAACUCCCUCGUGUAUUUAACCACUAGAUUGAGACGUUUUGAAUCAGUUAAUACACCUUUCAAUCCAGUGGUUAAAUAUGGAGAGUUGAUGGUUCUUGUCAUGAGAGAGCUCUCUUGGUAGCAUUUCUGUAAUCAAAAUUAGCUGCUAGCUUCUAGAUUGUAUUUUACAUAUUUAAGCGCACUCAACUGCUUUCUUUGGCCUAAUCUGAAGACUGUCUUGACGAUUGCAGCAUUGAUCUUGAAUGAGCAUCAACAUGUAAAUGGCUCAGACAAUUACCAUUCUUCUCGUGGUAAAUUGUAGGUUUUGGAAUCUUCUUUUCCUCUCAUUCGAAGUUCUGCGAGACACAUGCCAUGUACGAAGUUUUCAAAUCAGAUUGUCCAUUGUUAUUACAUGGUUUCAUGAUUCUUAGAAUCUACUGAUCUUUCAAACAGAGUUAUAUUUUACCAUUUGCUCCUGCAUUUCUCCAUACUGGA